GUGACGUAGUGACAGCAACAGCAGAUGCAGCAGCGAGAAGUAGGGGACGAGCUGUCGGUCGCGAGCCGGAGGGCGCUUGAGCAGCGGUGGCGCGGGUGAGACCAGCUGCGGUGUUAGAGCGCGAAGCUGUGUGAUGAGUGGUGUAGAACAGUGUUAUUACUAGUGUAAUAGACGCUGCAGUGAUGUGGGGAGGAGCAGCUCGUCGUUCGUGGUGACGAUUCGGUGGAGGGGCGCACAGACAGAGACAGCGGAGCGGGCGGCCGCUGAGGGGGUCUGUCUGCGGCUCUUUCUUUGUCGAGCUCGCGUCGAGAAGUGCAUGCAUGCGCGCGCCGUUGCCUAGCUGAAGCCGCACAACGGUCCGCUGCGCUCCGCGUGACCUGGGAAGGCUGUCACGUGCCGGACGCGGGUCACUGAGAUGUCCUUUGGGGUCCUUCGCUGUGUGAGCGUGUGUCUGGGGUCGAGUCCCCGCCGCCGGCGCUGACUGACACCCAUCUGGGGCUCGGCGUGUGCGUGUGUGAGACGACUCGGCGAUCCACUGAGCAGCUGACCGACCGGUGCGGUGGACCCGUCCACGCGGGGGGGCCAUGGCAAGAGCCGAGACCAAGCGCAGCGGCGCGGGCCUCCUGUCCGGCAGGUGCGGCGCCGCCGAGGAGCCGGCGGACAACGGUCCUGCUGAGCCGUCCCCUCCCACCGGGGGGCUCCAGGACGGAGCGGCGGCAUCGCCUGGACCGGCCCCGGGGGCCAAAGGCAGGGGCGCCAAGGCGACGGCGAGGGACGGCAGCUGCCGGAGGACCACCGAGUGCCAGGUGUUUGACGAUGGAACCAACACCUUCUUCUGGAGAGCCCACACCCUAACCGUGCUCUUCAUCCUCACCUGCGCUCUCGUCUACGUCACCCUGCUGGAGGAGACGCCCCAGGACACGGCCUACAACACCAAGAGGGGGAUUGUGGCCAGCAUCCUGGUGUUCCUCUGCUUUGGUGUGACACAGGCAAAAGAUGGACCCUUCACUAGACCACACCCAGCGUAUUGGCGUUUCUGGCUCUGUGUUUCAGUGGUCUAUGAGCUCUUCCUCAUCUUUAUCCUGUUCCAGACGGUGCACGACGGGCGCCAUUUUAUGAAAUUCAUUGACCCCAAGCUGGGCGUGCCUCUGCCGGAAAGAGAUUACGGGGGCAACUGCCUUAUCUACGAUCCGGGGAACGAAACAGACCCGUACCACAACAUCUGGGACAAGAUGGAUGGGUUUGUCCCGGCUCAUUUCCUAGGGUGGUACAUCAAGACGCUGAUGAUCCGAGACUGGUGGAUGUGCAUGAUCAUCAGUGUCAUGUUUGAGUUCCUGGAGUACAGUCUGGAGCACCAGCUCCCUAACUUCUCCGAGUGCUGGUGGGACCACUGGAUCAUGGAUGUGCUGGUGUGCAACGGUCUGGGCAUCUACUGUGGCAUGAAGACUUUGGGGUGGCUCUCCAUGAAGCCCUACCAGUGGCAGGGCCUGUGGAACAUCCCCACCUACAAGGGCAAGAUCAAGCGCAUCGCCUUCCAGUUCACCCCCUACAGUUGGGUCAACUUUGAAUGGAAGCCUGCGUCGAACCUGCGCCGCUGGCUGGCCGUCUGCGGCAUCAUCUUCAUGUUCCUGCUAGCAGAGCUCAACACCUUCUACCUGAAGUUUGUGCUGUGGAUGCCUCCUGAGCACUACCUGGUGCUGCUGCGCCUCGUCUUCUUCGUCAACGUGGGCGGUGUGGCCAUGAGGGAGAUCUAUGACUUCAUGGAUGACCCGAAGUUCCACAAAAAGCUGGGCCAGCAGGCGUGGCUGGUGGCGGCCAUCACCGUGACCGAGUUCCUCAUCGUGGUCAAGUACGACCCCCAUACCAUCACACUUCCCAUCCCCUUCUUCAUCACGCAGUGCUGGAUCCUGGGCAUUGUCCUCCUCCUCACCUGGACGCUUUGGAGGUUCUUCAUCCGGGACAUCACGCUGCGCUACAAGGAGACCCGUCGUCGCAAGCAGGAGGGGUCUGGGGAGCAUGACCGUGUACUUGGCAACGGCAGCACAGCGACAGGCAGCGGCCGCAGCAAACUUAACGGCAGUUCCGACUCAACCAGGAACAGGAAGUCCUGAGGAAGGGGCGGGCCUUGGUGGAGGUGGGGCCUGGGGGGGUGGGACAGGAUUGGAGCACAGGAACAAAGCAACAAGAUGCUGCUGUGUUUGUGUGUGUGUGAGUGAAUGAGUAUGUAUAUACCUGAGAAGUCUGAGUCAUUCCAGCUAGACUUUCCACUGUUAAUGUAACACUGAAUGGAGGUUGGGGGGGGUCAUAGGUUGUGGCCCACGUCUCACUGGACCUGCAAAGCAACUGUUACACAAUGUAUUUGUACUACGCUAAACUUGCACACAGACUCUCGGGGUUCAAUGCCUCGUUUUACAGUUCAGAGAGGUCACGUGAGCCUGCGGUUAGAUGCGGUGGCGGUGGCCCUCCUUUGGGUCCCUCAGGAGGAGUGUUACAUAUGUUUGUAAUGAGCUGUGAACUUGUGUGGGUUUUUUUUUUUUUUUUUUUUUUUUUCUUUUCCCUCCCCCCCCCCCACCCCCUCUGUGGAAGAGACACACCCUGCUCUGCGGCUCACGCCUUCCAUUGUUCAAGCUCUGAGGGGUUCUGGGUAAAGAACUGCACGUUCACUGAGGUUCCUAGCUGUGUUCAGGUGUACUCCCGCAGAGGUGUGUCCUCUCCUAUUCGCAUUCCUGC